UUGCGUACGGGCUUGCAAUGCUUUGCUUAUCGCUUUCCCAAAGCGAAAUCCCCGCGUUGCAUUAGCGUUUUUUUUCGCCGUUUUUUUAAUUUUUCCCCCGUUUUGCGUUACGUUCGUUUAACUUUUUCCUUUAAUUACUAUUACCAUUUUUACCAUUACGAUUUUUUAAUUCGCCGGUUUAACGUUAUCGUUGCUUCGUAUUUUUAUCGUUAUUUCGUUCCCUUUUUGUUUUUUUCCGUUAUACCAAUUAAUAAUAUAAACGCCCGCAAAAUCCGCGCCGGUACGGUAACGCGCUAUCCGUUUCGCGCCGUUACUUGUUUUUUAACGCUUCGUACGCUAAUUAAUUAG